GACGGACCGCUGUGAACGCUUAACGUAGCGUUGACGUUAUCUUAUUUAAUUUUGAUACUGAUCACUUAUUAAAUUCGCCCUGAGAUUGUGAUAAAAUAACUGACUAAUUACAGCAUGCAGAGUCCCGUGUUGUGCGCGUUCAUUCUGGUGACCGCGGGGCUUCAACUUAUCACAGCGGACCACCCAAAACUAAUGAAUGCAGCGACCGAUGUACAACCCCAUGGCUGCUCCACGUUCAUGUUCGAGGGCAAGGGAGACUUCAGGGUGCAGCGGAAGAUCUACGCGACACAGAACCCGGAUCACUUCGUGUUUGCUCUACGGCUCAUCAAGCGGACCUCCUUCUACAAGUGCGAGCCUCAGGAGACGCGCUACGGCAUCACGGAUGAUGGGCACAGCUGGUGGGUGGACCGGGGCUGUGAGGCCAUCUUUGAGGUCACCGAGUGCCCCAACAACGGGCUUCUCCCUUCACCAGACCCGCUGUCGAAGCUGUACGAGGAGAUGCAGCGCCGCCUGGCGGCAUCCACCAGCAACGUGGACCUGAGCGCCUGGAACACUGACUCCUUCAUCAACAGGUUCGACGCUUGGAGGCCCAUUGUUGAGUCGAAGGGACGCUAAACUCAUUGGUAGAAGAUCAAAGUCAGCACCGCUGUCGGGAAAAAGUGCUUUCGGUCACCAAUGAACGCUACUCAACUCCACGCACGGGGCACAUGUUGGCAUCAAUCUAAGUUUGGUAGACUGUUGUAUAAUCCUUUUGGGAAAAAAACGCAUUAAAACGAAGUCAUAAACAAGAGCAUUUUCGUUUACACGUGAUGCAAAAAAAAAUAAUUGAAGUUUAAAAUAAGUAUCAUCGUGUGUAAAUAUUACCCUGAUAUGUAUUUAUUUCACUGUCAUAUAAGCACGAUUGAUUAUUUACUAAAUACAUGUAAAUCACAACUUAAAAAGCGGUUUUCAUUGAUCAAUUUUACCUAGUACCAAAACUGUUAUAUUCUUCAUGAGGAGACCACAUUUUAUAGGGGAUUGUAGGGUUAAUGUAUGCAAGCUCUUCAAUUAUCAAACAAUUAAUAUCUAUGUCCCGCUUCACAAAUAGUGUAAUAAUAAGAAUUUGCAUUCAUACGUGACGUAAUAAGUAUAAUUCACGUUUUAAAUUGUACACACAAAUUUGCAAAUUUAGUAUUUCGUUGAUUGCCAGUUGUUUUUUCGGUCAAUUCAAUUAUUGCUUUAUACUAGUAUAUUCUAAUGUUUUGUAGCCAAUGUUUUAUAUACAACAUUGUAGCACAGUCUGCUUUUGUAAAUUGUGAGAAAUUAAG